UUCAGGCAGUGAAUUGAUUCAGUUUGUGUGCAGAGCCCUCCUCAGCUGAGAGGAAAGAAAAGCAGCUUCUUCCUGCAGGAAUGAUGCACCUUGGACUUUUCCUUCUGCUCUUCCUGRCAGGCAGGGUGUUGUGUAAUGUUUGCAGUUACCAGGAUGUUCUGGAUUACCUGAACCUGACAGUAGAAAACAGUGUGUUUAAACUGACCCGGCCCGUUCUGGACUACACACACGUCACCGUGGUGAAGCUGGACAUCAUCCUUUAUGCCAUACUGGGAGUGGUCGAGAAAACUCAAACGUUUGUUCCUUUCAUCUGGGCAUCUAUGAGUUGGAAGAACGAACGUAUCUCUUGGGACCCGGCUCAGUUUUGUGGAAUCACUCAGUUCUCGGUUCCUGUAGACAUGCUGUGGAAACCAGACGUCUUCAUCUAUGAGAUGACAGAGAAGAACGACUCCCCUCAGAGACCAUACCUAAUGGUGUCUUACGACGGGACAGUGUCUUCUGAAGAAGAAAUGCGGGUGGUGAGCACCUGCAAGAUGGACGUCCACAAGUUCCCCUUUGACACUCAGGAAUGCAGCAUAACCAUUGGUUCUUCACUACACAGCAUAGAUGAAAUGCAGUUUUUUCCUUUCUCAAACUCCUCUCGGGCCACAGAAUUUUCCCGAGAGUUGAUGAAGACUCAGGGAGAGUGGGAGUUCCUGCAGCUGUCCAUCAAUGCCUCCAAUGUCAUCUUCCAGAAUAAAAGUUGGGGUUUGCUUACAUACUCGGUUACCAUAAAGAGGAGACCCCUCCUCCACGUCAUAAAUUUCUUGUUGCCCAUCCUGUUCUUCCUGGCUCUGGAUCUUGCCUCCUUCUAUAUCCCUGACCACGGAGGGGAGAAGCUGAGCUUCAAAGUCACGGUGCUGCUGGCCAUCUCUGUCCUGCUGCUCAUCCUGAAYGACAUCCUGCCCUCCAUGUCCAACAGGACUCCUCUCAUUGCGACCUACUGCAUCGUGAUUUUUGGUUUGAUGCUGUUCAGUCUUUUGGAGACAAUUUUGAUCACAUAUCUGCUGGAAAAAGACUCUAAAGAUGAGUUUCAGGACAUCGAAGAUGACAAACCUAAACUUGUCCAGACUGAGACCUGCAAUACAGGUGAAAAGGAAACUGGCUGUUCUUGCAUCUGCAGAAUGACUAAAAGCAAAAAGCAGCACGAGUUCCUGCGUGUUGCUGAAGAGGUGAACCACAUCGUCCAGUCAGGAGAGUCUCACGUGUUGCUGCUGAUCCUGGACGAGUUGAAGAAGCUGCAGAAAAUCGCUUGUUUACAUCUCGGCUGCAAAGAGGAGAAGAGGAAGUCUGUAUCCUGGGCAAAGAAAAUCAACAGCGCUUUCUUCGUUUUCUACUUCGUCACCGUUUUGCUCUUUUUAUCCUUCAUCUUCAUGGAAUGGAAAGCUUAACAAUGUUGGAAACAAAAUUUGCCGCAGAUCCACAYGAGCAUGUCGUUUCUUAACGCAGGAAUGUUGCUGAAUAAACGUAAAAAUGAUGCUGGGUUGUGCUUUUAGAAAUGCAGGUUUUUGUUUUGUAUCAUAAACAACUUUAAUGUGAAUUAGCAUUUCAGAUUCAAAAUGUAAUAAUUCAUUAGGCAUGAAUAUACUGUUUGUUUGAAGAAAAUUGUUU